GGAAGCGGCGGGCGCUGCGCGGAGCCGAGCUGGCGUCCGUCCCCGGAGCGGCAAUGCGCGACGGCCAGAGGCUGUGACCUGAGCGCGGCGGCCCGGCGGGGCCCCUGCAUGGCGGCGCUCUGAAGCGGCGGCAGCGGCUCUGGCUCCUCCGGGCGUGGCGUGGCGGCGGCCGGGGUGAUGCUGCUCAAGCUCCUACAGAGACAGACCUAUACCUGCCUGUCCCACAGGUAUGGGCUGUACGUCUGUUUCGUGGGCGUCGUUGUCACCAUCGUCUCAGCCUUCCAGUUCGGCGAGGUGGUUCUGGAAUGGAGCCGGGAUCAAUACCACGUUUUAUUUGAUUCCUAUAGAGACAAUAUUGCCGGAAGGUCCUUUCAGAAUCGGCUCUGUCUGCCCAUGCCAAUCGACGUGGUCUACACCUGGGUGAAUGGCACAGAUCUUGAACUCCUGAAGGAACUGCAGCAGGUCAGAGAACAGAUGAAGGAGGAGCAGAAAGUAAUGAGAGAAAUCCUUGGGAAGAACACAACAGAACCAACCAAGAAGAGUGAGAAGCAGUUAGAAUGUUUGCUGACACACUGCAUUAAGGUGCCAAUGCUUGUCCUGGACCCAGCCCUGCCGGCCAACAUCACCCUGAAGGACCUGCCUACACUUUAUCCUUCUUUUCAUUCUGCCAGUGACAUGUUCAAUGUUGUGAAACCAAAAAACCCUUCUACUAAUGUCACAGUUGUUGUUUUCGACAGUACUAAGGAUGUUGAAGAUGCCCACACUGGACUGUUUAAAGGAAAUGGCAAACAGACAUUUUGGAGGGGCUACUUGACAACAGAUAAAGAAGUCCCUGGCUUAGUGUUAAUGCAAGAUUUGGCUUUCCUGCGUGGUUUUCCACCGACAUUCAAGGAAACAAAUCAACUAAAAACAAAAUUGCCAGAAAAUCUUUCUUCUAAAAUCAAACUGCUGCAGUUGUAUUCAGAGGCCAGUGUAGCCCUUCUAAAAUUGAAUAACCCCAAGGGUUUCCAAGAACUGAAUAAACAAACUAAGAAGAACAUGACCAUCGAUGGAAAAGAACUCACCAUAAUUCCUGCAUAUUUAUUAUGGGAUCUGAGUGCCAUCAGCCAGUCUAAGCAGGAUGAAGACAUUUCUGCCAGCCGUUUUGAAGAUAAUGAAGAGCUGAGAUACUCAUUACGAUCCAUCGAGAGGCAUGCACCGUGGGUUCGGAACAUUUUCAUUGUCACCAAUGGGCAGAUUCCAUCCUGGCUGAACCUUGAUAAUCCUCGAGUGACAAUAGUAACACACCAGGAUGUUUUUCGAAAUCUGAGCCACUUGCCUACCUUUAGUUCACCUGCUAUUGAAAGUCACAUUCACCGCAUUGAGGGGCUGUCCCAGAAGUUUAUUUAUCUAAAUGAUGAUGUCAUGUUUGGGAAGGAUGUCUGGCCAGAUGAUUUUUACAGUCACUCCAAAGGUCAGAAGGUUUAUUUGACAUGGCCUGUGCCAAACUGUGCUGAGGGCUGCCCGGGUUCCUGGAUUAAAGACGGCUACUGUGACAAGGCGUGUAACAAUUCAGCCUGUGAUUGGGAUGGUGGGGAUUGCUCUGGUAACAGUGGCGGGAAUCGCUACAUUGCAGGAGGCGGGGGUACUGGCAACAUAGGAGUUGGACAGCCCUGGCACUUUGGUGGAGGAGUAAACAGUGUUUCUUAUUGUAAUCAAGGAUGUGCAAAUUCCUGGCUUGCCGAUAAAUUCUGUGACCAAGCCUGCAAUGUUUUGUCUUGUGGGUUUGAUGCUGGUGACUGUGGGCAAGAUCAUUUUCAUGAAUUAUAUAAAGUAACUCUUCUCCCAAACCAAACCCACUAUGUUAUCCCAAAAGGUGAAUGCUUGCCUUAUUUCAGCUUUGCAGAAAUAGCCAAAAGAGGAAUUGAAGGUGCUUAUAGUGACAAUCCAAUAAUUCGACACGCGUCUAUUGCCAAUAAAUGGAAAACCAUCCACCUCAUGAUGUACAGUGGAAUGAAUGCGACCACAAUACAUUUUAAUCUCACGUUUCAAAAUACAAAUGAUGAAGAGUUCAAAAUCCAGAUAACAGUAGAGGUGGACACAAGAGAAGGACCAAAACUGAAUUCAACAACCCAGAAGUCUCACAAAAAUUUGCUUAGCUCCAUAACACUCAUUCCAGAGGCAGAAAUCCUUUUUGAGGAUAUUCCCGAAGAAAAACGCUUCCCAAAGGUCAAGAGACACGAUUUUAAUACCACAGGGAGAUUGCAAGAAGAGCUGAAAAUUCCCUUGGUGAAUAUUUCACUCCUUCCAAAAGAGGCCCAAUUGAGUCUCAAGAACUUGGAUUUGCAACUGGAGCAUGGAGAUAUCACUUUGAAGGGAUACAAUUUGUCCAAGUCAGUCUUGCUGAGAUCAUUUCUGAUGAACUUACAGAAUGCUAAAGUAAAAAUAAAUCAAGCUAUCGUAACAGAUGAAAUAAAUGGCAGUUUUGAGGUCCCACCAGAAAAACAGGCUCAUAAAAACAUCUUGCCAGACAGCUUAGGAGUAUCUGAAAGAUUGCACAGGUCGACUUUUUCAGCAGUGACAGUAAAAGUGAAUGGUCACCACCAUGGUCAGAAUCCAUCACUGGACUUCGAGACCAAAACAAGGUUUAAACCAGAAACUCAGUCCCCAAAAGUAGUAGGCGGGAGUAUAUCAAAAGAAAAGCUCUCAUCUCUCAUUGUUCCACUGGAAAACUAUGUGACAAAAGAAAUCACAGGGAAAGAAGAAAACAGAAAGGAGGAAAAUGCUAUAAAUCCCAUAGGUGUUAAUGCAGGAUUAACAGGAAGAAAGCUGCAGCAUUAUACAGAAAGUUACUUGGGCUUUUUGCCAUGGGAGAAAAAAAAGUAUUUCCAAGAUCUUCUUGAUGAGGAAGAGUCACUGAAGACACAAUUGGCAUACUUUACUGAUGGCAAAUAUACUGGGAGGCAACUAAAAGAUACGUUUGCAGAUUCCCUUCGAUAUGUAAACAAAAUUCUAAAUAGCAAGUUUGGAUUCACAUCUCGGAAAGUCCCUGCACACAUGCCUCACAUGAUUGACCGGAUCGUUAUGCAAGAACUGCAAGAUAUGUUUCCUGAAGAAUUCGACAAGACAUCAUUUCAUAAAGUGCGCCAUUCUGAAGAUAUGCAGUUUGCCUUCUCUUAUUUUUACUAUCUCAUGAGUGCCGUUCAGCCACUGAAUAUAUCUCAAGUCUUUGAUGAAGUUGACACAGACCAAUCUGGCAUCUUGUCUGACAGAGAAAUCCGAACACUGGCUACCAGAAUUCAUGACCUGCCUUUAAGUUUGCAGGAUUUGACAGGUCUGGAACACAUGUUAAUAAAUUGCUCAAAACUGCUUCCGGCUAAUAUCACUCAGCUAAGCAAUAUUCCACCAACUCAAGAAGCAUACUAUGAUCCCAACCUGCCACCAGUCACUAAAAGUCUAGUAACCAACUGUAAAUCAGUAACUGACAAAAUCCACAAAGCAUAUAAGGACAAAAACAAAUAUAGGUUUGAAAUCAUGGGAGAAGAGGAAAUCGCUUUUAAAAUGAUUCGUACCAACGUUUCUCAUGUGGUUGGCCAGUUGGAUGACAUAAGAAAAAACCCCAGGAAGUUUGUUUGCCUGAAUGACAACAUCGACCACAAUCAUAAAGACGCCCAGACAGUGAAGGCUGUUCUCAGGGACUUUUAUGAAUCCAUGUUCCCCAUACCUUCCCAGUUCGAGCUGCCAAGAGAGUAUCGAAACCGUUUCCUUCACAUGCAUGAGCUGCAGGAAUGGAGGGUGUAUCGAGACAAAUUGAAGUUUUGGACUCAUUGUGUACUAGCAACAUUGAUUAUGUUUACUGUAUUUUCAUUUUUUGCUGAACAGUUAAUUGCACUUAAGCGGAAGAUAUUUCCCAGAAGGAGAAUACAGAAAGAAGCCAGUCCCAAUCGAAUCAGAGUAUAGAAGAUCUUCAUUGAAAAUCGUCUACCUCAGCAUUUACUGAGCAUUUUAAAACUCAUCAUCGCAGAGAUGUCUUUGUGAUGUGAUGCUUAGCCAACUUGGCCUGAAGAAGGAAAAACAACCAGUAACAUACUGUUUUGUACCAUGAAUAUAACCCACUGACCAGGAAUUAUUUAACCAAUACACUGAAAACUUGUGUGUUGAGCAGCCCUGAACUGGUUUUAUUUUUAAAGCAUUUGCUCAUGGAUCUGUCAUUCUCUUUUAAGCUCACCGGCAAGAGACAAUGCUAAUUUCCCACAGCAACCAUUGCAGACUAACUUUAAUCUGAAAAGCCGAGGCCAGCUUGGGAGCGAUUGCUGAGAGACUGGAGUCGUUGCAUUCCAAAGCCUUUUUCUAUAGUUUUGUACUCUUUUUUCCUUUUUUUCAUUUUCCAUUUAAAAAAUAAGUAGCUACUAAGUUAACUAGUUAUUCUUGUUUCUGAAAAUAAUGAAAUGGGAUCUCUAAACAUAUUUUUAUAGAUGUUAUUUAAAUAAUGCAGUAAUAUCACUUCCUGUUGGCAAUGUCUAAAUUAUGGAUUUUAUUAACUUUUGAAACUGUAAGUGGUCUUAAGCCACUAAUAACUACUGAAUAGCUCAUUGACUGACAUUUGAAAUACUUUGUGCUUGUUUGCUUCAGCCUAUAAGAAUACUGUGAUUUUGUGUGCAGACCUAAUUACAAAGGGCUAGAGUUAAGUAGCAGUGCUACUUACAGAUGUAAUUAUGUUUGGGAAAUGUACAUAUUUAAACAGAAGUGCCUCAUUUUAGAAAUGAGUAGUGCUGAUGGCCAUGGCACAUGACAGUGGUGUCUUGUUUAAUACUCUUAAGUAUAUUCCAGUAGCUCUCUCUCAUUUGGUUUGUAUAGAGCAGGGGUCAGCAAACUUUUUUCUGUAAAAGGCCAGAUAGUAAAUAAUUGCAGGCCACAUGUCUCUUUGUUGCAUAUUCUUCUUUGUUGUUGUUUAGUUGUUCUUUUUUUAAAAAAAACAACCCUUUAAAAAUCUAAAAACCAUGUUUUGCUUGUAUCUGUAAAACAGGCCACCAGCUGGAUUUGACCCACAGGCCAUCGUUUGCUGUUCACUGAAAAUUAGUAUUUUUAUGUAUGGAUAAACCCUGACGCUCAGCCAUAUUUUGUUUAUAUCAUUAUACAGUAGAUUUUGGAGACCAGAUUCCAUGAGUCCUUUUUGAACUCUGACAGGUAUUUUAGAUCAUGAUCUCAACAGUAUUCUUUCAAAAUGGCACACAUAUUUUGUAAAAAGAACUUGAAAUGUAAAUACUGUGUUUGUGCUGU